AUGGGCUUCUCCAUCCGUGAGGAUCUUGAUUGGCCAGGUCUGGCUGCCGGCUCGCUCUUCCAACGCCCGCGUGCAAACGCUCUGAUCGUCGUGCGCGGCUUGGACAGCCUCGACUUUCCAAAAAACAUUUCCUCCUACCCUCUCGAAAAUCCAGUUCCGUUCACUCUGGACAGUGUGGCAAACACGGUGCACACUCUGUUUGCCGGCAGCACCCCUGUGGUCUUGCAGCUGGCCCCCAGUGAGGAGUUGCAGAAACACAAGCAUCUGGCUAAAGACCCGGCUCCUGACCUGUACUCUUUAGAGCUGGCGGGGUUGGAGGAAAUCGUCCGUCGUUAUGGCACAGACUCUCCUCAGUUCGCUGACGCUACCAGGAUCCUGACGUCCACUCUACAGAAGAGUAACCAAGGCAGCCUCUACAACCUGGCCUACAAGUACGACUAUGAUUACGCCGUGGUCUUUAACAUUGUCCUGUGGCUGAUGAUCGUGUUAGCUUUAGCCGUCAUCGUGAUCUCGUACAACCUCUGGAACAUGGAUCCCGGAUAUGACAGCAUCAUCUACAGGAUGACCAAUCAGAAGAUCCGAUUGGACUGAUGACGUCCACCACGCCCCAUUCCAUUUUGUGUUUUGUAUUUGAGUGCAUUUGAAUGUGUUUUAUUUUUGAUGUGUGUACCACAGAAUUGCUUGUAUAAAUGCUUCAUCUUUAUGACGCAAUCAAACACAGAUAUAAAGAUUAUUUAUUGAUGCCGGUUGAUCGAUGGACAAAUACAAUUGUUUGUGACGUUUCUUAAUUGCUGUAUCUUGUAGAUUUGCAUAAUGUGAAGAGGAAAAUCUGAUGUUAGGAUGUAAAGAAUUGAGAUUUAACUCUAUUUAUUGUUUGUUGUUCACGUCAUUGUGCUGUUUUCCUUCCCGAAUACUGGAUAUGGUGUAAUUGCUCCAUUCCCAUGUAAAUUUGUUUAAUUAAAUAAAUGUCAUUUUCAUUGAACUACACAGUAGAUAACUAUAUAGUAGAAAAUGAGACAUUUUAAGUGUGACUGUUUGUUGUGUACAAGGCCGUAACCAUUUAUUAAGCAUUGGGGAGACUGUUUUUAAUAAAGUAGAUGUAGAAAUAGAACAGUUAAGGAAAUGGAUCUAAUAAAUCUAAUUCUAGUAGAGAAGUAAUAAUUUUGAACUAAUUACAAAUAACAUUUUAAAAUAUA